AUGGCGGCGGAAACGCUGCUGUCUAGUCUGUUGGGGCUGCUGCUUCUGGCGCUCCUGUUACCCGCACGUCUGACCGGCGGUGUCGGAAGCCUGAACUUGGAGGAGCUGAGUGAGAUGCGUUAUGGGAUCGAGAUCCUGCCUUUACCUGUCAUGGGAGGGCAGAGUCAGGCUUCAGACGUGGUGAUUGUCUCCUCUAAGUACAAACAGCGCUAUGAGUGUCGCUUGCCAGCUGGAGCCAUUCACUUCCAGCGUGAAAGAGAGGAGGAGGCACCUGCUUACCAAGGGCCUGGAGUCCCUGAGUUGUUGAGCCCCAUGAAAGACGCUCCCUGCCUGCUGAAGACCAAGGACUGGUGGACAUAUGAAUUCUGUUAUGGACGCCACAUCCAGCAGUACCACAUGGAAGAUUCAGAGAUCAAAGGCGAAGUCCUCUACCUUGGCUACUACCAAUCGGCCUUCGACUGGGACGAUGAAACAGCCAAGGCCUCCAAGCAGCAUCGCCUGAAGCGCUACCACAGCCAAACCUAUGGGAAUGGGUCCAAGUGCGACCUCAACGGGAGGCCCCGGGAGGCUGAGGUUCGGUUCCUGUGUGAUGAGGGUGCUGGUAUUUCUGGGGAUUACAUUGACCGCGUGGAUGAGCCCCUGUCCUGCUCUUACGUGCUGACCAUUCGGACUCCUCGGCUGUGCCCCCACCCACUCCUCCGUCCUCCACCCAGUGCUGCUCCCCAGGCCAUUCUCUGCCACCCCACCCUGCAGCCUGAGGAGUACAUGGCCUACAUUCAGCAGCAAGCUGACUCCAAGAAGUAUGGAGAGAAAAUCAUAGAGGAGCUGCAAGACCUGGACUCCCACAUGUGGAGUGAGACCAAGUCUGAGGUGGUACCCCCAAAAAGAGAAGGUGCAAGCCCAGCCAAGGAGGAGAGUAAGGAAUCUGAUUUCUGGAAGCAAGAGGAUCAGUCCCCAAGAGGGGAGGAGGUGCAGGCUGAGGUGAGAGAACCAAACGGGGAGGCAGUAGACCCAGCUGCACGCUCUCCUGAUGAUUUUCAGAGCAAUGUACAGGUCAAAGUCAUUCGGAAUCCUGCAGACUUGAUUCGAUUGAUAGAGGAGCUGAAAGGAGGAACUAAAAAGGGGAAGCCAAGUGUGCGCCAGGAGCAGCCUAUGGAUGAUGCCGAAGAAGUCCCUCAGAGGGACCCUGAGGUGAAGGAAAAGGGUGAUGAUGUGGAACAGCAGAAUGCGGUGGAAGAGGAGGAGGAGGAGGAGGAGGAAGAUGAGGAUGAGGAUGAACAGCAGUUACUGGGAGAGUUUGAGAAGGAACUGGAAGGGAUCCUGCUCCCGUCAGACAGGGACCGGCUCCGUUCAGAGGUGAAAGCUGGAAUGGAGCGGGAACUGGAGAAUAUCAUCCAAGAGACAGAGAAGGAACUUGACCCAGAUGGGCUGAAGAAGGAAUCAGAACGUGAUCGGGCGAUGCUGGCCUUGACCUCCACCCUCAACAAGCUCAUCAAAAGGCUGGAAGAAAAACAGAGUCCACAGCUGGUGAAAAGGCACCAUAAAAGGAGGGCUGUGCCAAAAAAACCUGCCCCCUCCUCACAGCCUACAGAGGAGGAUCCUGAGCACAGAGUCCGGGUCCGGGUCACCAAGCUCCAUCACAGAGGCCCCAAUCAGGAUCUGACUGUCCUCGAGAUGAAACGGGAAAACCCACAGCUGAAACAAAUCGAGGGGCUGGUGAAAGAACUGCUGGAGAGGGAGGGACUCACAGCUGAAGGUAAAAUUGAGAUCAAAAUUGUCCGACCAGGGGCCGAAGGGACUGAGGACGAUGCACGUUGGCUGACUGACGAGGACACGAAAAACCUCAAGGAGAUUUUCUUCAAUAUCUUGGUGCAGGGAGCUGAAGAGGCACAGAAGGAACGGCAACGGCAGAAAGAACUAGAGAGCAAUUACCGUCGGGUGUGGGGCUCCCAGGACGGGGAGGGCACAGGGGACCUGGAUGAGUUUGACUUCUGA